UUGUGUUUGGCAUGAUCAUGCUGUAAAUUCCGUCCUGCGUACGACGAUGCGCUGACGAUUUAUUCUUCUGUUUUCUGGCUUUUUGUUAUCGCGUGAUGAAGGAAACCGGAGGAAACGCGUUGGUGUAUUUUGAAUUUGUGUUAUAGUGUUGGACGCCGGUUGCUGUGAUGGACUAAUUUAGAUAAAGAAGAGUGUUACUUGUUGAAAAUAAGGUGGAUUGUUGCAAGAAUAUUGAUCAAAUUCAUCAAAUUUCAUCAUGUACCUUUAUAAUUUGACGCUUCAGCGUGCGACAGGAAUCACGCAUGCUGUCCAUGGUAACUUCAGUGGUAGUAAAAUUCAGGAAAUUCUGGUAUCUCGGGGGAAAUCUUUGGAACUCCUGCGGCCAGACCCUAAUACCGGCAAAGUACAUACAUUGCUCACUGUUGAAGUAUUUGGUAUUAUAAGGUCCUUAAUUGCUUUCCGGUUGACAGGAGGCACCAAAGAUUAUGUUGUUGUCGGUUCAGAUUCCGGCAGAAUUGUUAUUUUAGAAUAUUCGCCCCAGAAAAAUGUAUUUGAAAAGGUUCAUCAAGAAACGUUUGGAAAAAGUGGGUGCCGUAGAAUUGUACCUGGGCAAUAUCUGGCCAUAGAUCCUACUGGCCGAGCCAUUAUGAUUGGUGCAAUUGAGAAGCAGAAACUUGUCUAUAUUCCAAAUCGUGAUCAGGAAGCCAGGUUGACAAUAUCUUCUCCUUUGGAAGCUCAUAAAAGCAAUACAUUAGUGUAUCAUGCUGUUGGGGUUGAUGUUGGAUUUGAUAAUCCAAUGUUUGCAUGUUUAGAAAUUGAUUAUGAAGAGGCUGACAAUGACCCUACUGGAGAAGCUGCUCACAAAACACAACAAACCCUUACUUUCUAUGAACUGGACCUUGGUUUGAAUCAUGUUGUUAGAAAGUACAGUGAACCUUUAGAAGAACAUGCGAACUUUUUAGUGCCAGUUCCUGGUGGAGAAGAUGGACCCAGUGGUAUUCUUAUUUGCUCAGAGAACUAUCUCACUUACAAACAUCUUGGAGAUCAAAUGGAUAUCCGAUGUCCAAUUCCUCGCCGCCGUAAUGAUCUUGAUGAUCCUGAACGUGGAAUGAUCUUUGUUUGUUCUGCAACCCACAAAACAAAGUCAAUGUUCUUUUUCUUAGCCCAGACAGAGCAAGGUGACAUCUUCAAAAUAACCUUGGAAACAGAUGGAUAUGUAGUACGUGAAAUUCGUCUCAAGUACUUUGACACUGUACCUGUUGCCACAGCGAUGUGUGUUUUAAAGACAGGGUUUUUAUUUGUUGCGACAGAAUUUGGCAAUCAUUACUUGUAUCAAAUAGUGCAUCUAGGUGAUGAUGAUGAUGAACCAGAAUUCAGUUCCGCUAUGCAGUUAGAAGAAGGAGAUACAUUUUUCUUUGCUCCUCGUCACUUACGAAAUUUGGUUUUAGUGGAUGAACUUGAUUCUCUGUCACCCAUAAUGGCUUGUCAGGUUGCUGAUUUGGCAAAUGAAGAUACUCCUCAACUCUAUAUGUUGUGUGGUCGUGGUCCAAGAUCUACUCGUUCGGGUUCUACGGCAUGGACUGGAGUAUCCGAACUGCCUGGCAAUCCAAAUGCUGUUUGGACUGUGAAGAGGCGAGCUGAUGAGGAAUAUGAUGCUUAUAUUAUUGUAGCUUUCGUAAAUGCCACUCUUGUAUUGUCUAUUGGAGAAACUGUGGAAGAAGUUACAGAUUCUGGUUUCCUUGGAACAACUCCAAACACUGUCGUUUAUCCAAAUGGCAUUCGCCACAUCAGAGCAGAUAAGCGAGUGAAUGAGUGGCCAGCACCUAGCAAAAAGACUAUCACCAAAUGUGCAGUCAACCAUCGUCAGGUGGUAAUAGCUUUGGGCGGAGGAGAACUUAUCUACUUUGAGAUGGCUUCUACGGGCCAGCUGAAUGAAUACAAUGAGCGAAAAGAACUGCCUUCAGAAGUAGUGUGUAUGGCAUUGGCAAGUGUACCAACUGGAGAGCAACGAACACGCUUCUUGGCUGUUGGUCUGGCUGACAAUACUGUGAGGAUCUUUAGCUUGGAUCCUUCAGACUUCUUCUCACCCCUUUCUAUGCAGAUGUUGCCGGCUGCUGCAGAAUCACUGUGCAUUGUGGAAAUGGGAGCUGGUGAGACACAAGAAGGGGAGCCAGGAACCCAGGGAUCGCUCUAUCUCAAUAUUGGCCUUCAGAAUGGAGGCUUGCUCCGAACUGUCAUUGACCAGUCAACAGGGACUCUCUCGGAUACACGCACACGUUACUUGGGAUCCCGACCUGUUAAACUCUUCCGCAUACGCAUGCAGGGCAAUGAAGCUGUUUUGGCCAUGUCCAGCCGCUCCUGGCUGAGUUAUUAUUACCAGAAUCGUUUCCAUCUCACACCAUUGUCAUAUGAAUCCUUAGAGUAUGCAUCAGGUUUCUCAUCUGAGCAGUGUCCUGAAGGCAUUGUCGCUAUUUCAACAAAUACACUGCGUAUUUUGGCUCUUGAAAAGUUGGGUGCAGUAUUCAAUCAGGUAUCUUUCCCUGUUGACUACACACCUCGCAAAUUUGUUAUCCACCAAGAAUCUGCACAUCUCAUCAUUGUUGAAACGGAUCACAAUGCAUAUACUGAGGAGACUAAGAAACAGCGCCGUGUACAAAUGGCAGAGGAAAUGCAGGAAGCAGCUGGAGAAGAAGAACAAGAACUAGCCAAAGAGAUGGCUGAAGCAUUUCUUAAUGAAGACCUGCCAGAGAAUGUGUUCAGUGCUCCGAAAGCAGGUCCUGGUAUGUGGGCGUCAGUGGUACGCAUCCUUGACCCAGGAGAAGGGCGUACUGUGGAUUUGGUGAAGUUGGAACAAAAUGAGGCAGCUCUUUCCAUUGCCCUUGUGAAGUUUGCCAAUCAGCCUGAUGGACAACAGUUUGUAGUAGUAGGAGUUGCAAAAGAUUAUCAACUCAACCCUCGGCAGGUGUCAGGAGGUUUUCUGUACACAUACAAAGUGGAUGCAGAGUGCCAAGGUCUUGAGUUGGUUCAUCGCACGCCUGUUGAUGAGGCUCCCACCUGCCUGUGUCCGUUCCAAGGCAGACUUUUGGUAGGAGUAGGGCGCAUGCUGCGUUUAUAUGACUUGGGCAAAAAGAAACUUUUGCGGAAGUGUGAGAACAAGCACAUUCCUAACUUGAUUGUCCAUAUCCAAGCAAUUGGGCAGCGUGUGUAUGUUAGUGAUGUGCAAGAGAGUGUGUACAUGAUUCGCUACAAACGCAUGGAGAACCAACUUAUCAUCUUUGCUGAUGAUACUCAUCCUCGCUGGAUCACAACCUCCACUAUUUUAGAUUAUGACUCAGUGGCUACCGCUGACAAGUUUGGCAACAUUGCAGUCAUCAGGCUGACAGGUAGCAUAUCUGAUGAUGUCGAUGAAGAUCCAACUGGGAAUAAGGCGCUGUGGGAUCGAGGACUGUUGAAUGGAGCUUCCCAGAAAGCUAGUGUUGUUGCGAACUUCCACAUUGGAGAAAUUUGCAUGUCGCUGCAAAAAGCCACACUCAUUCCUGGUGGGUGUGAGUCCUUAGUAUACACAACCCUCUCAGGCACAGUUGGUGUUCUAGUGCCAUUUACAUCCCACGAAGAUCAAGACUUCUUCCAGCACUUGGAGAUGCAUAUGCGUAGCGAGAAUCCUCCUCUCUGUGGACGUGACCAUCUUUCUUUUAGGUCAUAUUACUAUCCAGUGAAGAAUGUGGUAGAUGGUGAUCUUUGUGAGCAGUUUAAUUCAAUUGACAUUGCUAAGCAGAAGAGUAUUGCUGGAGAUUUGGAUAGAAAUCCCAGCAAGGUGUCUAAGAAACUUGAAGACAUUAGAACUCGAUAUGCAUUCUAAAUGUUAAAGUGGAACUUUCUUUUUAUAAGUUCCUUUCCAUUUUAAGUAAGAUUCAGUGUUGAAAACAUUUUUAAAGUCACUUGAGUUUUGAUCAGUCAGCACUAUUAGAAAGAAAAUAAUUUUGCCCCUGUAUGUAAUAGAAACUGUUCUGGCUGUGAUGCUGGAUAAAAUAUUUGUACAUAUUAAAAAAUAAAAUAAUAAUAUUAAACUUCCACUGAGUUUAAUCGGGAACUUCCUUUAAAUAUGUGUUUUCUGAUUAGAACCUGCAUUGGUAAAUGGUAGUGAAUAUGUCAAAUAUUGUCUUGUCAAAAUAUUUACUUUUGUAUUGUGUGGAACAAUUGUUUAUCUGCAGACUGAGCUUGGAUUUAUUCACUCAGUGGUUGUGAUUUUAUUCUUUAACACUUUCCCAACUGCUCCUCUAAGUAGUGUUUGGUCCCAGUCAAGUGGCAGUUUUUGGCUUUUUUUGUAUUUUUACUAAAAAUAGAGCUUUCAAACUAUUAUAAUGUUAUAAGUGACAUUUCCUCUCUAUAAUAUUUCAUCAAUAAGCAAAGUGUUUCUAUCAUUUUUUUAAAAUUCUGUUUGAAAAGUGUGUGUGGGUUUGAACA